AUGGAAGAUCUUUCACACAGGCAGUUGAUCCCUGGUCCUCAUUUCCUGUCGAGAGCAGCCAGAUUUGCUGAGCUGCAGCACCAGAGAAUGAUCUACGUGAUAACUCCGACAUACCCAAGGGUCAACCAAAUACCCGAAAUGACCAGAUUGGCACAGACACUGAUGCUUGUUCCGGACGUCCACUGGAUCGUAGCUGAGGAUAAUGUGGAGGAGAAUAUUCAGCUUGUGGAGUACCUCAUUUCUACUGGAUUGCCCUACACUUAUUUGAAGAGUCCCAUGCCAAGACAAAUGAACCGAUGGAAGAUGCCGCCGGUCGGAGUGUCGGGCAGACGCGCUGGUUUGGCAUGGAUUCGAGCGAAUGUCAAAACCGGAGUUGUUUAUUUCGCUGACGAUGAUAACACGUACGAUUACCGAAUCUUUGAAGAGAUUCGCUCCACCCAAGCAGUAUCAAUGUUCCCGGCUGGAUUUGUGACGAGACUUCAGUUAUCGACUCCCAUACUGAAGAAUGGGAAGUUCGCCGGGUGGUACGACGGCUGGAUCGCCGACAGAAAAUACCCGGUCGAUAUGGCGACAUUUGCCUUCUCCAUAGAGCUGUUGCUUAAGCUCCGUAUCAAACUCUGCUCUUGUAAGAUCUGUUCCAGAUCAUUAUCUGCUCUUGUAAGAUCUGUUCCAGAUCAUUAUCUGCUCUUGUAA